GGAGCUUGGGAGCUUGAGUCAGAAAGAAUAGUAGCCGAACCAGUGGUGGAUUGGUAAACAGCAGGUGCUUUAAAGUUUCAUCGUUCACCACCUGCGCUAUCACGUGACCUGGCUCACCAAUGGAAGAGACGUCCGACCCCAAUGUCGACCAAUCUGAGGGCGAUCUUUGGGCAUUUGGAAGAGUGACUUAACAAAAGAAAAGCGUUCGUUACGUCGAGGAUAUUGAAUUGAAUGCAUUGUACCAAUUUGAAGCUCAGUUCAUGGCGACAUCCGACAGUUAUGACGUGCUAUCCGUCGUGUGUUUGAUCGGACACAUAUAGGGCAUUACUAACGAAGAAGGAGUUUUUUUCGCAUUAAGAACGAAAUAAAAGUGGAAUGGAGAAGAGGGGACUUCUUUCCACGCUUCUUGUCUUUAUGUGCGUGGGCCUCACCUCUGGAUUUAGUGGAGAUCAAAAGGGACCUAAUUUUGAGAAUGCCAUGAAUACCAACCAUCCGGAGAUGCUCCUUGCCUUGGAGGGAAUGGUUCAUAAAUUGAUAGAAGCGCGAACGAAUGACUCAAGAGUGUGGAAAGAAAUUGAGUUCUUAGAAAGUGAAGUGAACUUGCUCCGCAACGAAUUGAACGGCUUAAGGGAAAAUCUCAAAUCGUGCCGAGAAUCUCAAAACGUACAAAGAGCGGCGGAAAACGAUCACGUCACUUUAAAAUGGAUGCAAUCCUCGGUGAAAGAGUUGCAAACCGAAGUGACCGAGUUGGCCCAAGUUGCCACUCAAGAUCGAGAGCUCUGGCGAUCUUCAAUUCAAGCAUGGACAGGAAACCAAUCGAACUUGGCCAGGGAAAUCGACGUCCUCAAUCACGAGGUUAUCACAUUAAAAGUGGCGAAUGAACGGGCAAUUGCCAAGACAGAAAACUCGAAUUACGUUGCCAACCCGACAGAAGCGCAGCACGAUCACAAACCCUGUGGUAAACAUAAUCACCAUCAUCAUCAUCAUCAUCAUCUGAAACCUCAUCGGGAUCAUCAUCGAAACCAUUCUCAUUUAUGCGGUAUCCAUCGCGUCUACAAGAUCCGUUCAAAGAAGCAAAUCAGUCGCUAUUUCAACGAAUUUUCCGAAACCGUCAGCAGCUUGUCAGAGGCUCAAAUGGAACAACAAAGGGUCCUAAAGAUCCUUUCCAAUAGAUUAGACUAUUUAAAUGAAACGCAUCGGAGCGAGAAGGAAUCCAAGGCAAGAGCUGAGAAAUAUCUGUUCCAAGACGUCUACACUAAAAUAUCCAAUUUGGAUGAGCAAAUUCAGAAUGGAACAAAGAUGGAGAAACAAGCGCCGAAAAGCCACGAAAGCCACCAGACUUUGAGACACCAAAUGGAAUCGAUAUCCAAGGAACAGAAAAACUUGGAAUUCUCAAUAGCCCAGACCAGCCGCUUACUUACGCACGAUUUGGAAGAUUUAAGAACGGAACAAUUGAGAUUGUGGAACACCUUGGCAAAUUCGGGAGCCAAUCCCCAAAGCAAGGAAAAAAGGCCAUUAGCCAAAUAG